GGAUUGUAGGUGUAUUGCUUGAUUGUUCUACCCCUGUUCCCACUCUCCCUACCCCCCGUGUUCUGUGAUUACCGGGACUUCUCAAGUACCGCAUCGGUUCAGACUGAUGUCGACGGAACAGGACACCGGGGCACUGCCACGACGCAGUGCCAGAAUCGCAGUUCGUGCCCGCCCUGCAGUACCUCCAAGACCGAAGAAACUCAGCAGGCGGACGACUCCAGCAGCAUCAAGUACGGCAUUGACGGUACAAGACGCCACCGGAGAUCAUCCCGCAUACCCAGUCCGAGGAGCCAAUGAGCCAGCGGCUCAUUAUCGUGGGCGGCUACUGGCAUUUACGGAAGCUGUAGCUGCCGCCGAGGCCCGGAAGGAGACAGCAGAGGCAGAACGUCAGCGGCUAGCCAAUGAAGCGGCAGCCGAAGCUCAACGAACGACUGAGACUGACGCAGAGACACGAGACAGACGGAAUGCCAGCAGCACGGAGUCCUUGAUUGCUUGUGAGCAUCAGUGGACGACGAUACUCCAAGACAUGAUCUUUGUGCCUACGGAAGCGCAGGCAGACCCGACACCGGCGGAGGCAGAGAGAAGUAACCUGGCUAACUUGCUGCAGGGCAUGAUGAGAGGUAUUAUGUGGAAUAAUACACUGCUGCAUUCACAUCUGCGCACGGACGCGACGCAACGACAAACAUACAAGAACAAUAUGACUGCGUUAACAACUGCUAUCCGCACAGAGGCAACGCAGCAGCAGCAACAGCAUCAUCUGUUGAAUUCCACUAUCACACGCGUCAACAGCAUAGAAGCUAACGCCUCAGCAGCGCCAGGCUGCACGACAGACGUGACGAAGCAACUCAACGAGCGCAUCGAUCACGUCGUCACCAUCAUCGGCGACAUAAGUACUUUCAACGGACCAGACUCGAUCAGCAGCACGAUGGCCGCCAUCAAGACGGACAUCACCAAGCUACAGACGAGACCGGAAGCCGCUACAAAGACGUUCAAGAUGCCGCACUUCGACAUCAGCAAGUUCGAUGAUUACAACAAGUCGGACGCCUUGUCAUGGUGGCAACGCUUCCUCACGGAAGCAUCAUGCCGCAUGGUCCCGGCGGACGACAUGUUGAAGGCAAUAUAUUUGCAGCUGAUUGGAGGAGCGCAGGGAUGGAUGAACCACCUAGCGGCUACACACAAGUGCACUAUCGCCGAACUCCACACUCACAUUACGUGGAAGGAGUUCGAGCAGCUAUGGUUCACGAGAUUCAUGGUCCGCAACGUCGUGAAGAUGGGCAUGAACGAGGUCUACACAUGCUCUCAAGGGAACAUGCCAACGCGAGACUGGGCAUCAAAAUGACAGAAGAUAGUGACCACGCCAGGCUUCGACUUGACGUUCCCUAAUCAACUAUCCGAGUUCUU